ACCAGUUCUCAUGUGUCACGUUGGCUUUCUUGAAAUAGGCUGAUUUUGAAGUUUUGUGAUGGUUUUGAAUCAACGACUUGACUCUACAUAGUCCGAAUGUUGUCUUUAACUUAUUGAAAUGCUUUGUUCAUCACUAGAGUAUCCGGACACUUUUAAAUUAUCAGCUGUUAAAGACUUCAAGCUGUCAUUGGAUGAACAGUGAGGUCCAGCUUGUUCUCAUUUCAGUAUGUCUGACUUUGACGUAAGGUCAAAUACUUUAACGGAGACUAAUAGUAAGCAGGGAUCAUGUAGUGAGGGUGCUUUUAAAAAACGACUCGGUAUUAUUGCAACUUGUGUCGUCGGAGGGUCAUUGGUUGCUCUGUACGCAGUAACUGGACCAUUUAUUGCACCAGCAUUGAGGAAAAUUUGUCUUCCAUUCGUUCCUGCAACAAGGGCACAAAUUGAAAACGUCCUUACGGUUUUGCAAACCAGAUCAGGGUCCUUGGUGGAUAUUGGCAGCGGAGAUGGACGGAUAGUUAUAGCUGCUGCAAAACGAGGCUUCAAGGCAGCUGGCUUUGAGCUGAACCCAUGGCUGGUCUGGUACUCUCGUUACAAAGCCUGGAGGGAAGGUGUUCAACACAGCACAUCUUUUUAUAUUUCAGACCUUUGGAAGGUCAGCUUUUCAGAGUACACCAAUGUGGUCAUCUUUGGGGUUCCUCAAAUGAUGGAACAGCUUGAAGUCAAGCUCCAAACAGAGCUUCAGAGUUCAGCUAAAGUAGUAGCUUGUCGCUUUCCGUUUCCUACUUGGACCCCCAAUGGCGUAGCUGGCGAGGGAAUUGAUACUGUGUGGGUUUAUGAUGCCAAGACAUUCAAACCUCUCAAAACAAACAAAAAAAUUCUGUUAAAGACUACGCAGUAAUGAAAGAGGAUAACAAAUGCUGCUUCCAGAGCAAUGAUGCACUGACCAACAUUUUGUCUUUAUCAUACUGUAUAUACAAAGAUCAGCCAUAACAUGAAAAGCACCUGCCUAAUAUUGUGUAGGUCCCCCUCUUGCCGCCACAACAGCAUCAACCAAGAAUAGUAUUCUGAGAUACUAUUCUUGGUUGAUAACAAUUGUAAAGCUGUUAUUUGAGUUACUGUAAACUUUGUCAGUUCAAACCAGUCUGGCCAUUCUCUGUUGUCUCAUCAACAAGGCAUUUUUAUCUGCAGAACUGGAUGUCACUGGAUGCUUUUUGUUUUUGGCACCAUUCAGAGUAAAUUCUAGAGACUGUUAUAUGUGAAAAUCCCAGGAGAUUAGCAGUUACAGAAAUACUCAAACUAGCCCAUAUGGUGCCAACAAUCAUCCAUGCGAUUAUCUAAUCAGCCAAUCAUGUGGCAGAAGUGCAGUGCAUAAAAUCAUGUAGAUAAGUCAGGAGCUUCAGUUAAUGUUCACAUCAACCAUCAGAAUGGGGAAAAAAAUUAUCUCAGUGAUUUGGAGCGUGGCAUGAUUGUUGGUGCCAAACGGGCUGGUUUGAGUAUUUCUGUAACUGUUGAUCUCCUGGAAUUUUCACAUAUAACAGUCUCUAGAAUUUACUCCGAAUGGUGCCAAAAACAAAAAACAUCCAGUGAGCAUCAGUUUUGUGGACUGAAAUGCUUUGUUGAUGAGAGAGGCCAACAAAGAAUGGCCAGACUGGUUCGAACUGACAAAGUCUACAGUAACUCAGAUAAUCACUCUGUACAAUUGUGGUGAGAAGAAUAUUCUCUCAGAAUGUGAUUCUGAUAUGCGGGUUGGCACUGUUUUGGCGGUACAAGGAGGACCUACACAAUAUUAGGCAGGUGGUUUUAAUGUUGAGGCUGAUCACUGUAUUUUUAAAAUUGUGUUGCUUGAUGUUUUUUAUUCUAUUCAUAUGUCCCUUUGUUUUAGUA